CCAGCUAUAUAACCAGCCUUAUCUUCUCCACUCUUCUUUCAACUGAGUCUCUGUUUCUCUGUGAAAGUUCAGUCCUUUCGAGAAAGUAGAAGAAGAAGAAGAGGAGAGAAGAGCUAGCAUCAAUGGAGGGCAAGGAAGAGGAUGUUAAGCUCGGAGCAAACAAGUUCCCGGAGAGGCAGCCCAUCGGUACGUCCGCCCAGACAGACAAGGACUACAAGGAGCCGCCGCCGGCCCCUCUGUUCGAGCCCGGGGAGCUCAAGUCCUGGUCCUUCUACAGGGCGGGCAUCGCCGAGUUUGUCGCCACCUUCUUGUUCCUCUACAUCACCGUGUUGACGGUCAUGGGGGUGAGCAGCGCCAAGACCAAGUGCACCACCGUGGGCAUUCAGGGCAUCGCCUGGGCCUUCGGUGGCAUGAUCUUCGCCCUCGUCUACUGUACCGCCGGCAUCUCCGGUGGGCACAUCAACCCGGCGGUGACCUUCGGGCUGUUCUUGGCGAGGAAGCUGUCCCUCACGAGGGCCAUCUUCUACAUCGUCAUGCAGUGCCUGGGAGCGAUCUGUGGAGCCGGAGUCGUGAAGGGCUUCCAGGGGAACGGCAGGUACGAGAUGUUGGGCGGUGGGGCCAACGUGGUGGCUCAAGGCUACACCAAGGGAGACGGCCUGGGAGCCGAGAUCAUCGGCACCUUCGUGCUCGUCUACACCGUCUUCUCUGCCACCGAUGCCAAGAGGAACGCCCGUGACUCCCACGUCCCCAUCUUGGCUCCUCUCCCUAUCGGGUUCGCCGUGUUCCUGGUCCACUUGGCCACCAUCCCGAUCACCGGAACCGGCAUUAACCCGGCUAGGAGUCUCGGAGCUGCCAUCGUCUUCAACAAGCAACACGCAUGGGAUGACAUGUGGAUCUUCUGGGUCGGGCCUUUCAUCGGAGCUGCCCUUGCAGCAGUCUACCACCAGAUAGUCAUCAGGGCCAUCCCCUUCAAGGCCAGGCCAUGAGCCAACUGUGAAGCCAAAUCUUUUCCACUUUUAUCUCUUCCCCGUCAUGUUUUCUUUUUCAACUUUUGCCUACUUGUUUUUUAAUCUGGGGUUGUCAAGAAUGGUGAAUGAUGAACAUGUGGUGUAAAUUAUUAUUAAGCUUACUAGUGAUGUUGAUGAUGGAUGAUGAGUAGUACAUUGCAUUUCUUGGUA